AUGCCCGAGUUUUGGCUGGCAGGGGGAGAAGGAAAAGGUGCUGCUAACAUUUGUCUGGCCCUCAGGAAGCUGAGAGGCACCGUGUUCUUCUUGCUUCGCUUUGCAGCCAGAAGGCCAGGAUCAUCUCAAACAGCCUACCCAGAAGACCCAGCAAAGUUUGUGGAGGAUGAGGAAAAUUCUAAGCUGAGACAUGUAGAAAAAGAUGUUUUGAUUCCACAAAUAAUGAGGGAGCGAGCCAAGGAGCUGUGUUCAGAUGAAGUGCGAGCAUUUACUAAAUGCUGUCAAGAAACUGGUCUUCUUAUGGUGGUGAAGUGUCGGCAAGAGAACACGGCACUGAAAGAUUGUCUGGUUGGCUACUAUUCUGAUCCAUUAUUCUAUGAAGAGUGCAAAACAGAAUAUUUGAAGCAAAGAGAAGAAUACAGAGCAACUGGAAUUAAGAAAAAAAGACAGAAGGUUACUUCAAAUGUGUAG